AUGGCGAGCCAAGGGGAGCCCUCGGCGUCCGCUUCCGAUCCGAAGGAGAAGAAGGACUACUCGACGGCGAUCCUGGAGAGGAAAAAGUCGCCGAACCGCCUUGUCGUCGACGAGGCCACCAACGACGAUAACUCCGUCGUCGCACUGCACCCUGACACCAUGGAGAGGCUGCAGCUCUUCCGCGGCGACACCGUGCUCCUCAAGGGUAAGAAGAGGAAAGACACUAUUUGCAUUGUCCUUGCGGAUGAAACCUGUGAGGAGCCAAAGGUUCGGAUGAACAAGGUUGUCCGCCAGAACCUGAGGGUGAGGCUUGGUGAUGUGGUUUCUGUCCACCAGUGCCAGGAUGUGAAGUAUGGGAAGCGUGUGCACAUUCUUCCAAUUGAUGAUACAGUUGAAGGCAUUACAGGGAACCUGUUUGAUGCCUUCUUGAAACCAUACUUCCUAGAAGCAUACAGGCCCGUGAGGAAAGGAGACCUUUUCCUUGUCAGGGGUGGAAUGAGAAGUGUGGAAUUCAAAGUGAUAGAGACUGAUCCUGCUGAAUAUUGUAUCGUUGCGCCAGAUACUGAAAUAUUUUGUGAUGGGGAGCCUAUUAAGAGGGAGGAUGAGGAGCGUCUUGAUGAAGUUGGUUAUGAUGAUGUUGGUGGAGUUAGGAAGCAAAUGGCCCAAAUCAGAGAGCUUGUCGAGCUUCCACUACGCCAUCCUCAGCUUUUCAAAUCUAUUGGUGUGAAGCCACCAAAGGGCAUAUUGCUGUAUGGGCCACCUGGUUCUGGAAAGACUCUUAUUGCUCGUGCUGUUGCAAAUGAGACUGGAGCAUUUUUCUUUCUGAUCAAUGGCCCAGAGAUUAUGUCGAAGCUAGCAGGAGAGAGUGAGAGCAAUCUUAGAAAGGCAUUUGAAGAAGCAGAGAAGAAUGCUCCAUCUAUCAUUUUCAUUGAUGAAAUUGAUUCCAUUGCGCCGAAGAGAGAGAAGACCAAUGGAGAAGUAGAGCGUCGUAUUGUUUCACAACUACUGACUCUUAUGGAUGGACUCAAAUCUCGUUCCCAUGUUAUUGUUAUGGGUGCUACAAACAGACCAAACAGCAUUGAUCCUGCUCUUCGAAGAUUUGGAAGGUUUGACCGGGAAAUUGACAUUGGAGUUCCUGAUGAAGUUGGCCGGCUUGAGGUUCUCCGCAUUCACACUAAGAACAUGAAACUAGCUGAAGAUGUUAAUUUGGAACUCAUUUCAAAGGAUACCCAUGGAUACGUUGGUGCUGAUCUUGCUGCCCUUUGCACUGAGGCUGCUCUUCAGUGCAUUCGUGAGAAGAUGGACAUCAUAGAUCUUGAGGAUGAGACAAUAGAUGCAGAGAUAUUGAACUCGAUGGCUGUUACAAAUGACCAUUUCAAGACCGCGCUUGGAACAAGCAACCCAUCUGCUCUCCGUGAAACUGUUGUCGAAGUCCCAAAUGUCUCUUGGGAGGAUAUUGGUGGGCUGGAGAAUGUCAAGAGGGAGCUCCAGGAGACUGUUCAAUAUCCUGUGGAGCAUCCGGAGAAGUUCGAGAAGUUUGGCAUGUCUCCAUCCAAAGGAGUUCUGUUCUAUGGUCCUCCUGGUUGUGGUAAGACCUUGUUGGCAAAGGCAAUUGCCAAUGAGUGCCAGGCUAACUUCAUCAGUGUCAAGGGUCCUGAGUUGCUUACCAUGUGGUUUGGUGAGAGUGAAGCCAACGUCCGUGAAAUUUUCGACAAGGCUCGCCAAUCUGCUCCUUGUGUCCUCUUCUUUGACGAGCUUGACUCGAUUGCUACUCAGAGAGGAAGCAGUGUGGGUGAUGCUGGAGGUGCGGCUGAUAGAGUGCUUAAUCAGCUACUGACAGAGAUGGAUGGCAUGAAUGCCAAGAAAACUGUGUUUAUUAUUGGGGCUACAAACAGGCCUGACAUCAUUGACCCUGCUCUGCUGAGGCCAGGGCGUCUUGACCAGCUGAUCUACAUUCCACUGCCUGAUGAGCAGUCUAGGCUCCAGAUCUUCAAGGCCUGCCUUAGGAAGUCCCCUGUGGCGAAGGAUGUGGACUUGAAUGCUCUUGCUAAGUACACGCAAGGGUUCAGUGGAGCAGAUAUCACAGAAAUUUGCCAGCGUGCGUGCAAAUAUGCAAUCAGAGAGAACAUUGAGAAGGACAUUGAGAGGGAAAGGCGGAGAAAGGACAACCCUGAGGCGAUGGAGGAAGACGAAGUGGACGAGAUUGCCGAGAUCAAGGCGGCUCACUUCGAGGAGUCGAUGAAGUAUGCUCGGCGUAGUGUCAGUGAUGCCGAUAUCCGCAAGUACCAGGCGUUUGCCCAGACAUUGCAGCAGUCCCGUGGGUUCGGCAGCGAGUUCCGCUUCUCGGAGCAGUCCGCAACAGCUGGUGCUGCUGCAGCCGACCCGUUUGCCUCUGCCGGUGCUGCGGCUGAUGAUGACGAUCUAUACAGCUAG